AAUGUCAAACGUCAGCUGUCAAUUUGUUAUCCAAGAAAUCUCGAAACUUGCAUAAAACCAAAACUGUAUUUUUAAUUAUUUCUUUCGCAUGUCUGAUUUAUCAGAGCAAAGCUGAUGUUUUAGAAUAAAGUACAACAAGGAAAUUAGUUAAAAUGAAGACAAGGUUCAACACUUACGAUAUAAUAUGCAUGGUAGCGGAGUUACAAAGAUUGGUGGGCAUGCGAGUCAACCAAGUAUAUGACAUUGAUAAUAAAACUUAUGUCAUAAGAUUCCAGCGUUCAGAGGAAAAAGUGGUAUUGCUGUUAGAAUCUGGCAACAGAUUUCACACAACACAGUUUGAGUGGCCCAAAAAUGUUGCACCAUCUGGUUUCACUAUGAAGCUACGAAAACAUUUAAAAAACAAGCGUCUAGAGAGCAUUAGUCAGUUAGGUGUGGACCGUAUUGUAGCGCUGCAGUUUGGCAGCGGGGAGGCUGCAUACCAUGUUGUUUUGGAGUUAUAUGACCGUGGUAACAUUGUGCUCGCUGAUUACGAGUGGACAAUAUUAAAUGUACUACGACCACAUGUGGAAGGUGACAAAAUAAGGUUUGCGGUAAAAGAGAAAUAUCCAUUAGACAGAGCCAAAACAGAUUACUCAGCGCCCGAUGAAGAGACGCUUAAAGAAAUCUUGUCUAAAAGUAAACCUGGUGACAAUUUGAAGAAAACACUCAACCCUAAUCUAGAGUUUGGUGCAGCGGUAAUAGACCAUGUACUCCUAGAGAAUGGUUUAUCAGGCAAUAUGAAAGUAAAUAAGGAACAGGGUUUCUUAGUGGACAGAGAUUUACACAAAUUGUUAAAAGCACUCAAACAGGCAGAGGAAAUGUUGGAUAAUGCAAAGAAUACAGUUGCCAAGCAGGGCUACAUAAUACAGAGGAGGGAGGAGCGGCCGGCUGCGGAGGGCGAGGCUAAGUUCCUCCUCACCAACCAGGAGUUCCACCCGGAGCUGUUCGCUCAGUACAACAACCAGCCGUUCGUUCAACUUGACACAUUCGACAGAGCUGUUGAUGAAUUCUUCUCAGCUUUGGAAGGACAGAAGAUUGAUAUGAAGACAGUUCAAAUGGAGAGGGAAGCUAUGAAAAAGUUACAAAAUGUCCGGAAAGAUCAUGAUAAGAGAGUAACUGAGCUGAGCCGAGUGCAGCUGGACGACCGCAGGAAGGCGGAGCUGAUCUCCCGCAACGAGGAGCUGGUGGAGCACGCGCGCAUCGCUGUGCAGACCGCACUCGCCAACCAGAUGUCAUGGGAUAAUAUUGACUUAUUAAUAAAAACGGCACAAGAAAACAAAGAUCCCAUAGCUUGUAUUAUAAAACAUCUCAAACUGAACACCAAUCACAUCACCUUGCUGCUCUCGGACCCUUAUGAUGAUGAAAGUGAUGAUGGUGAAGAGCUUGAUUUGAAACCGAUGCUCGUCGAUAUUGACUUAUCUUUAACAGCAUUUGCUAACGCUAGAAGGUACUACGAUCAGAAACGAAAUGCAGCAAAGAAGCAACAGAAGACAAUAGAGUCUGCCGACAAGGCGCUGAAGAGUGCGGAGAGGAAGACCAAGCAGACCCUCAAGGAGGUGCAGACCAUCAGCAGCAUCAGCAAAGCGCGCAAGACUUACUGGUUCGAGAAGUUCUACUGGUUCAUCUCCUCGGAUAAUUAUCUGGUGAUAGCCGGCCGCGACCAGCAGCAGAACGAGCUGCUGGUGAAGCGCCACCUGCGCGCCGGCGACCUGUACGUGCACGCCGACCUCAGCGGAGCCUCCUCCGUGCUGGUGAAGGCGGCCGGCAGGGCGCCGCCCCCGCCCAGGACUCUCGCUGAGGCGGGGCAGGCCGCUGUCGGCUACAGCGUGGCGUGGGAGGCGAAGGUGCUGACGCGCGCGUGGUGGGUGCAGGCGCAGCAGGUGUCGAAGUCGGCGCCCACGGGCGAGUACCUCUCCACCGGCUCCUUCAUGAUCCGCGGCAAGAAGAACUACCUGCUGCCGGACCAGCUGCAGUUCGGCUUCAGCUUCAUGUUCAGGCUUGAAGAUAGCUGUAUAGAGCGACACAGAGACGAGCGUAAAGUUAUAUUGGCUGAUGAGGCGUCUGACGUCACCUCUGACGUCACACAGGACCAAGACGAGGAGAUCAUCGUCUCUGAUGAUGAUGAACCUUCCGAUGAAGAUAAGAAGGUAGACAGACUGGAAUCCAUAACAGAAGAGACGACGCAGAUCAAGAUAGAAGAUGCUCCAGAGAAAGAGACAGCGAGCAGAGAAGAGACGGCAGAUGUAGAGAGCAGUGAUGACUCUGAUAGCGGAGUAUUGCAUACACAUAUUAAGGUGGACCACGGCACUGGAGAAGUUCAUACAGAAUCUAAAACAAGAACAAUAUCAGAAAUGUCUGAUCCAAGCGAAGAUAAAUUUUCUUUCCCCGCACUACCAAAUAAAUCAAAAAAGCCUCAGAAGAAGGAAAAGAAAGUACCAGAACCAAAGAAGGAAGAAAAGAAGGAAACAUUGAAGAGGGGACAAAGAGGGAAACUAAAGAAGAUGCAGAAGAAGUACAAGAACCAGGAUGAUGAGGACAGAGCUCUGAUGAUGGAUAUGCUACAAUCGUCAAAAGAGUCGAAAGAAUCAAAGAAGGCGCAGAAAUCAGCCGCGAAGCCUUCAAAGAGCAAGUCCGCAGCUCGCAUCCCGCAGCCCGCGCCGCUGCUGCUGGAGGCCGACUCCGAAGACGACCCUGACCCUGACCAGGUGGGGGGUGCGGGGGGUGCUGGUGGUGUGGAGGCGGAGGCGGCGGAGGCGGAGGUGGCGCUGCUGGCGCAGCUGACGGGCUGCCCGCACGCGGAGGACGAGCUGCUGUUCGCGGUGCCGGUCGUCGCGCCAUACUCCGCGCUUGUUAACUACAAAUACAAAGUGAAGCUAACUCCGGGCACGAGCAAGCGCGGCAAAGCUGCCAAGACCGCGGUGCAAGUGUUCCUGAGGGACAAGACCUCCUCCGCGCGGGAGAAGGACCUCCUCAAGGCCGUCAAGGAGGAGAACAUCGCCAGGAACUUCCCCGGAAAAGUCAAACUGUCCGCCCCACAGCUUCACAAACACAAGAAAUAGACCUUAUUCGUGUUCAAUAAAGUUUCAUUUAAAACAA